UCUCUCUCUAUCUAUCUAUCUAUCUAUCUAUCUAUCUAUCUAUCUAUCUAUCUAUGACCUGAUGUAGGGUUAUAGUGACGUUGAACUAAACUCUCCUCUAUAGGUGAUGUCCGUAUUUAAUGAGUAACAUUGCUAUCAUCCAUUGCUUUUAGUAAAGACAUAAAACAAAACAAACAAACAAAAAACUUGCUUUAAGUCGUUUUAGUAGAUUUUCUUGCGUGGUUUUAUUUAGUUCAGCACCACGGACAGCGCUAGACGAACCACCAUAUAUAUGAGGUUGAGGCAGAUUCUCGUGUAUGGCAUUUGUCAUUCUGUUUUUCCAUUGCUCUUUUGAUGUUGACUCAUACCUGAAUUCACACACAACUGAUUGAGACACUUUUGGUCAUCAUGGUGCAAUGCUGUUUUGUUCAUGCACAAUCUCCUAUCAGGAGUAAUUUAUGUCGGCUUUUAUUUGAAUCUACAGAAUGCUACUGUGAGAAGUUCUGUGAAUAGUAUUUUUUAAAACUACAGUUCCUUAUCUCCUUAAUAGCCCCUAUAUUCUGCAGUUUCGUAUUUUGCACUCUUGGCGACGCUGUUGGCCAGUGUGUGUUAGUGCCAUUGCAGUUUUCAGCAGCACCUCCCAGAUCAUUUAGUUGCUGUGGGAUGUAAGGACGGUACAACACAAUAUCUUAGUCAUCGAGAAGAGUACACACGGACCAAAGAGUUGGAAUAAUUUACAUGGACAUUUUCACUGACGUUUUUUAUUAUCUCAAUCCCGCUGUUUGUGGAUUACUACUGCCUUUUCUGUGGAUUAUUUUCGGAUUCGUUGUGACGGUGUAGCACCGUUGAAAGGGACAAUGAGACGGCAAGUGCUAUUGUUUCUCUCGACGCUCUCUCUCUGUUCCGUGCACGGGCAGGUCAGCUAUUCUAUCCCCGAGGAAAUGUCGAAAGGCUCACUGGUCGGAAACAUAGCACAAGAUUUAGGUUUGGAUUUAAAACGGCUGAAAACCGGAAAAGCUCGCUUGCAUGUUGGAAACGGCGCCGAAUAUAUCGAGCUGAAUAAAGAAAGGGGCCUCCUUCUCAUUCGGGAGAAAAUAGACAGAGAGGCGUUAUGCAAACAGACGAGUCCGUGCGCUUUACAGUUUCAAAUUAUUUUGGAGAACCCCAUCGAGUUCUAUCGUGUAACAGUAGAAAUAACAGAUAUAAACGACAACGCUCCGAUAUUCAAAAUGAACAGUAUGUUAUUUGAGAUAAGUGAAUCGGCUGUCAGGGGGGCAAAAUUCGUAUUAGAGAAAGCAUUAGAUACUGAUGUUGGAGGAAAUGGGCUCAAGAGCUACUCCCUUAAUCCAACAGAUAACUUCGUUUUAAAACUCAACGGAAACGCAGAGGGAGAAAAGGAGGUUGAGAUGGUCUUGGAAAAACCUCUUGAUCGUGAAAAACAAGAGCAUCUGACUCUAACACUAACGGCCUUCGACGGAGGUGAACCUCAGCUGUCAGGGACAGUGAAAAUUCACAUAACUGUAUUAGAUGUGAAUGACAAUGCGCCCGUGUUUACGCAGUCAACCUAUAAAGCGAAUUUAAUGGAAAGCACCCCGAAGGGAACUUCAUUAAUGACUGUAGAGGCUAGAGACGUAGAUCAGGGCGCAAAUGGUUUAAUAACGUACUCCUUAUCUAGUAACACUGAGGGGAUUCUGGAUUUAUUUGAAAUACACGGUGCAAGUGGUGAGGUACGUUUGAUUGGAAAAGUAGAUUAUGAAACAUCAAAACAUUAUCAGCUAAAUGUUAAAGCAAGAGAUCAAGGUGGGCUCACUGACUCCUGCAAAAUACAAUUUGACAUAAUUGAUGUGAAUGAUAAUGUUCCAAUAAUAGAUUUGAUGUCAACUACACAGUCUAUACCGGAAGAUUCUGCGAUACAAACAGUUGUCGCUGUGAUGAAUGUGCAUGAUGCUGACUCGGAUAAUAACGGAGUGGUUAAAUGUUUUCUUAGCGAGAAUGUACCUUUAAUCAUUGAAAAUGCAUCAAAUGGUUUUUAUAGUAUCGUCACAAACAGUGAAUUAGACCGAGAGAGAUCCUCAGAGUAUAAUAUCACAGUGAGCUGCUCUGAUGAGGGCGUGCCCUCCCUCUCCAGCAGCGUCACUCUCACCUUACAGAUCUCUGACGUGAAUGACAACGCGCCUGUCUUUGAGAGGAGCUCAUAUGAGGCCUACAUUGUAGAAAACAACACACCAGGUCUCUCUGUAUUCACAGUGAAAGCCAGAGACGCUGACUGGAACCAGAAUGCCCGUGUUUCUUACAUACUGGAGGACUCCUCUGUUAACGGAGUGCCAGUCUCCUCAUAUGUGUCCGUUAGUGCUGAUAGUGGAGUCAUCCAUGCAGUGCGCUCUUUUGACUACGAGCAGAUCAAAGAUUUUCACUUCCGAGUCAAAGCUCAGGAUGGAGGCUCUCCUCCACUGAGUAGCAACGUGACUGUGAAAAUACUGAUCCAGGACCAGAACGACAACCCCCCUCAGGUUCUGUACCCAGUCCAGACUGGUGGCUCUCUGGUGGCUGAACUGGUGCCUCGUUCAGCAGAUGUGGACUAUCUGGUCACUAAAGUGGUGGCUGUGGAUGUGGACUCUGGACAGAAUGCCUGGCUCUCCUAUAAACUGCAGAAAGCCACAGACAGGGCGCUGUUUGAAGUGGGCUCACAGAAUGGAGAAAUAAGAACUAUCCGCCAAGUCACUGAUAAAGACGCAGUGAAACAAAGACUGAGUGUUAUAGUGGAGGACAACGGGCAGCCCUCUCGUUCAGCGACAGUUGUUGUUAACGUGGCGGUGGCGGACAGCUUCCCUGAAGUGCUGUCGGAGUUCACUGACUUUACGCACGACAAGGAGUACAACGACAACCUGACUUUUUACUUAGUGUUGGCUCUGGCUGUAGUUUCCUUCCUCUUCAUCACGUGUGUAGUGGUUAUUAUCUCAGUGAAAAUCUACAGAUGGAGACAGUCUCGCGUCCUGUUUCACUCCAAUCUCCCUGUGAUUCCAUAUUAUCCACCACGUUACUCAGACACUUUGGGGACAGGGACUCUCCAGCACGUGUACAAUUACGAGGUGUGCAGGACGACUGACUCCAGAAAGAGUGACUGUAAGUUCGGAGGAGCUGGUAGUCAGAACGUGCUGAUAAUGGACCCCAGUUCUACAGGCACGAUGCAGCGGAUACAGAGUGAAAAGAGCAUCCUGGAUGAACCAGACUCUCCUCUUGAGGUUAGUUAAAUAGUCUUUCGUAUUUGUGCUUUUGUAUCGCUUUCUAAGCAGAGUUCCCUUGAUUGUAAACGUUUUGCUUGGUAUUCCAAUAUUUUCAGAACCAUGGACAGCAUCUAUAGCCUAACUUAAUGUUCAAUCAAUUAACUUUUUUUAAAUGCACCUUUUGUGGGUCAAAGAAUUAUCAUGACUCUUUUUGACGUAACACAAUGUAAACAGGAAUCUCAUAACAUUUUAAUAGUGUAACUUGUAUAAAUUUCAGUGGCAAAUGGUUUGGUAUAUGAGACAAUAUGCAAAAAGUACAUUCCACAGUUUUUGCUACAUAAAAACAAGUUAAUCAUUGCUUUGAGUGUUAUCUACAGAGGUGUGGGUAUGUUUUUAUAUCGCGUUUUUAUUUAUACUGAGUUUCAUUCACAUUCAGAUAUUUAUACUGAACAACAGAAGUACAUGUUGGAGUUCUGCAGUUUUAUAUUGUGAACUCUUAGGGCCGCUGUUCACCACAGUGUCGACGGCAGACAGUGGGGUUGUUACAGCACCUCCCAUGUAGCAUCGACAUAAUAAAGAAAGAGCGAGACGGGAAAGAAGGGACACUGGGCUCAUGGAGAAUAUUUGAUAAACGAAUCGAUCUUUCGUUCUUCUUUCUCUUGUGUGGAUU